AUGUCGUCUAACACCGCGUGCCCCUUCUUCGACAAACUGCCUGCCGAGCUGCGCCUCGACAUCUAUGAGUUAGCAUUCUCAUCCAACACUGAUUCCGAAGCCGAGGAGGAUCUCAGAGCAGUGAAGCCACCAUCGAGGAACAUCCUUCUCACAUGCAAGAACGCACACUCUGAAGCACACGGCCUCUACAAGACCGCUUAUCGCCGCUACUGGAGCUCUACCAAGUUCAUCUUCGAAGCUGUAAAUUCCGGUAGCGAGUCAUACCCAGCUCUUACCUUCCCUACGGACCGCGAUCUAGCACAUAUCACUAGCCUGCGAGUAGUUGUCCUCCUGGACGGCGUUGUAAGACAGAUCGGCUGGACCUGCACACUACUCGGCAGGUCGGACGCGUGGGAGCUGGACUGGUCAUCAACCGGGGGGUGGGGGGGCCGCUCUACGUAA